AUGGCAAGUCGGAGUCGCAGCCCCAGGUUUCGGCGGGUCUUCGACGAGUGCGGUCAUGAUGAGGAGUGGCUCUCCCCGGAGGAGAUCGAGAAGUUCAAGUGCCCCAUCUGCUGUUUGGUUGCCAGGGACGCUGUCUCACACGACUGCGGCGCAUCCCUGUUUUGCCAGGGCUGCUGGACCAACUGGAUGACCCGAGAUACCCGGUGCCCCAGCUGCCGAACCGACUCCUCCACUGUUGCCGCCGCACACUUCGAUCGGCGGACCAUCAUGAACCUGAUGCUGAAGUGCCCCAACGACUGCGGGGUCAACAUCACGCUGGCCGACAAAGCCUCCCAUCUUCGCAGCUGCCCCAACCGCCGGGUCUCGUGCCCAAAGUGCGAGACCCAGUGCACGGUGCACCAGCUCUCCGAGCACCUGAAGACCUGCAGGGGCCGGCUGGAGCCCUGCGUCCUCUGUGGAGAGAUGGUCCAUGAGCGGGACAUGAAGCGGCACUGCAAGCACACGAAGGGACACAUCUCCGCGUUGGUCAAAGAGGUGAAGCGGCUGAGAGCUCAAGUGGAGAAGGAGCGCGAGGCGAGGGAAGCGAGGGAAGCGAGGGAAGCGAGGGAAGCACAAGCCUUCGUUCCGGCACCGGUGCCGGGUGGGCCUCCUCCCCCGCAGGUAGGCGACGAAGCGCUCUUUGCCCCGGAUGAGGUCGCGUUUGUGGAGGAGGAGGCCGACGCCGAGGCGAUGGAGGCGAUGGAGGCGGAGGUCAAUGAACCCAAUGAGGCCAAUGAUGGGGCCGAUGAUGGGGCCAACGAUGGGGCCAACGUGGUCGACGGGCAGGUCCUGCUUGCCAGCGGGGCCGACGACAGGGUCAUCAAGAUCUGGGAUGUUAACGCUGGCGUCACGAAAUCGCAACUCCGCGGGCAUCGGGACAUCCCCUUCUCUCUGUGCUGCGUCUCGUCCGCGACCUUGGCUAGCUCCAGUGCAGACCAGACCAUCAAGCUGUGGGACCUUGAGCAUGGCACCUGCAUCACCACACUCUAUGCGUACUGGGCCAUCCGCUCCGUUUGCAGACUUAGCCCAAGGACCCUGGCAAGCGCAGAGCACAGCGCCGUCAAGAUCUGGGACCUCGUUUCAGGUCGAUAUCAGCAUCUGCCUGUUGAUGACGCAUUUGUCCACACGGUGUGCCCACUGACACCAACGACUUUCGCAAGCUGUAGCACUGCCGGAAUCCGCAUAUGGGACAUCACAGCUGGCCGCAGCAUCCGCUCGUUGGGACCCCUUUCACGCACGAUGUGCGCCCUGUCGCCCACGAGCCUGGUCGUGGGGGUCUCCCUUUACGCUGCAGAGUUGUAUGAUGUGCCAUCCGGUUUCUGCUCGCGGAGGUUUUUAGGGCACACCGAUGACGUGCAAGACGUAUGUCGCCUCUCGCAGACUGCGGUUGCAAGUGCCUCGAAGGAUGGCACAGCAAAAGUCUGGGAUUGUGUUGCCGGUACCUGCAGCAAGACCCUUCAAGGGCACGCGCUUGGACUCUACUCCAUUUGUGCUUUCACGGCUUCCUGCCUUGCCACCGGAAGUCGAGAUUCCAGCAUUAAGUUGUGGGACGUCAACACAGGGGCUUGCACCAGAACCCUGGCCGGACAAAGCUUUGUGAGAUGCCUGUGCCCGAUUCAGCAACCAGCUUGA